AUGAGUCAUAGAAGAAAGAACUUCAUUAUUUUCAGACAAACUUCUCCAUUCACUGUUACUAAUUUCACACCGUAUUCUACAUCUGAUCAAAUGUCAAUUGAAGACGAUGAAUUAAAUGACGAAAGAUUUGUAUUACAAUCAACUGUAAAUAUGAUUGACGUAUUAAGAAAGUGUAACGAUAAAUUAGAUUUCACUUCAUUCUUCAGUAGACCAAUUACUUCUCCUUCAACACCAACAGGAAAUAUGAAUAGAGAUAAUGAAAAUAAUGAUUUAAUUCUUUCUACUGAACAAUUAUUAGGAACUGGUGUUGAUCCAACACAAACUACCGGAAAGUUAAUUAAUUCAAGAUAUCGUGUUAUUUCGUUAUUGGGUAAUGGUGCAUUUGGACAAGUUGUAAAAGCUCAUGAUGAACAAAACAAUAAAGAAGUUGCUGUUAAAGUAUUAAAAAAUAAAGCAUCGUAUAUGAGACAAGCAAUGUUAGAGAUUGCUGUAUUACAUUUAUUAAAUCAUCAUUUUGAUCCAGACUGUAAAUAUCAUACACUUCGAAUGUAUGAUCAUUUUGUUUUUUAUAAUCAUGUUUGUAUUGUUACUGAAUUACUUGGAAUGAAUUUAUAUGAAUUAAUUAAACAAAAACAAUAUAAUGGAUUAAAUCUUCGAUUAACCGUUAAUAUAUUAAAACAGUUAGUUGAAAGUUUAGAUGUGUUGUACAAAAAUAAUAUUGCUCAUUGUGACUUAAAACCAGAAAAUAUUUUACUUGUAGAUAAUACUAGUAAUAUUCGAUUAAUUGAUUUUGGUUCCUCAUGUUUUGAGAAUAGUACAUUGUAUACUUAUAUUCAAUCAAGACAUUACCGAUCACCUGAAGUCCUUUUAGGUAUUAAAUAUACAACAGCAAUAGAUAUGUGGUCAUUUGGGUGUAUUGCUGCUGAAUUAAUUCUUGGAAUUCCAAUUUUUCCUGGAAGUUCUGAGUAUAACCAAUUAGAGAGAAUCAUCAAGAUGAUAGGUAUGCCACCAAAAAAUAUCUUAGACCAAGGGACAAAAACAAGAAAAUUUUUUAAAUUAGAAAUGAAUGGUUGGGUUUUUAAAUCACGUGACGAAUAUGAAAUGGAAAAUAAUAUUCAUCUUGAGCCGAAUAGACAAUAUCAUCAUUAUACUGACUUAGAAAAUUUCACCGAACGACUAAGUAAAGUAAUAAAAAAUCCACAAACACUAAAAUUAGCUAGAAAAACUUAUCUUGACUUCUUACAACGAACUUUAUGUUGGGAUCCUAAGUUUCGAUUGACUCCUGCACAAGCCAUGCAACACCCUUUCUUAAUGAAUAAACCACUUCACCCAAAUUAUCAACCCCCUCAUCUUCCUGAACCUUGUAGAAGUUAUCCAGGAGAUAGUGCCUUGUCAGCAGAUGACGCUUUAAAGAUUGUUUGCCCACCAUCAAUUAUGCCAUCUAAAUUCAAAUAUCAAACAUACACUACACAAGUUUAUUACCAAGUGUUUAUUGCUGCUCUAGAAAAAGGUAUUGUUUUAAAUAUAUUAAAUGCAAAUCCAUUUGCCUUACAACCAAUGACCCCUCCAGUUCUUUUAUGGGAGGAAGUUGAAAAUAGGAAAAAACGAAAUGAAAAACAACGUGAACGGUCUAAGAAAAGAAGACCUGAACACCAAACUGAAACAUAUAAUGGAAGACAAAUUAUUCAACAAGCACAAAGCAUGAAUGGAUCAAGUUGGAAAGGUGGUGAUGGUUCUUAUUCUUCAUCAUUUGGAAGGGAUAUGCACAAGAGUUUCGGGCAGUCAUGGAGUAAAAAUCAUCUAAUGAUUAUGCCACAAGACAAAUGA